CCGGCGCGGUUCGAGCCGGUCGCGUUCGGCGUUGUGUGUCACAGGGCGGUGCCCGUAGCGCGGGAACCGGAAGUGGCGGCGGCGUCCGAUCGUGCGCCACGGAAGCGGCUGGAAGUUACCUCACAGAGAGCGCGAGGCGGCGCCGGGGGUCCGGCCGGCGGGAGGGCGCAUGCGCAGAGGCCAGGGGCUGCCCGGCCGGCGGUAACGGAGGGCGCGGUACUAACAAAAUGGGUGAACGGCGCAGCAAAAAUCUUCUGGUCCAGCUGGGACCCAAAAUGCAGGCGUAUCCAGAAGAGCUGAUCCGACAGCGCCGUUCGCAUGAUGGUCUUACGGAGUAUCUAAUUCGCUGGAACGUGCUGACUAUAGAUGACAGCGGAGGCAGCAGCAGCAGUGGAGGAAACAGUUCUAGUGACAACAAAGCAGACAAUAUUUUAAUGUGGAUGUCAGCUGAAGAUGUAUAUGCCAACUGUCCUACUCUCCUUGGGAAACGGAAACCUGAGAGUCAGAGAGUGAAAGUGGAACAGGAGCCAGUGAAUGUUGACUCUGAUGUCACGUUUGAUGAUGUAGAGUUACUUGACAUGAAGGAGGAUGUCAAACAUUUGGUGCAAAGAGCAAGGCGCCAGAUGUCGCGCAAAUCUGGACCAGACUCAUCCCUGAAUAUUUCACACACAAUUCAUGUUCUGAGUGCCUAUGCUAGUAUUGGUUCACUAGUUGGUGUGUUUAAAGAGACGGGAGCUUUGGAUGUGCUUAUGGAAUUACUCUGUAACAAGGAAACACAGACGCGCAGGAGUGCUGGGAAGAUGCUCCGAGCUCUUGCUUCACAUGAUGCAGGUAGCCGAGCAUAUGUUCUCCUUUCCCUGAGUCAGCAGGAUGGGAUUGAGCAACACAUGGAUUUUGACAAUCGCUACACCUUGUUGGAAUUGUUUGCAGAAACCACCUCCUCUGAAGAACAUGGAAUCUCAUUUGAGGGAAUUCAUCUUCCUCAGAUUCCUGGUAAACUCUUAUUUUCUUUGGUAAAACGUUAUCUGUGUGUCACCUCGCUGAUGGACAAGUUAAAUAAUAGUGGACAAGAUAUAAGUGGAGAGCGCCAGGAGUGUGCUGCCUUGCAAGUACCAGAACAGACGCGACUGUCCCGUGAGUUUGAGUUCACCAUGGCAAUGGCAAAUCUGAUCUCUGAGUUAGUUCGUGUCAUGGGCUGGGAUCGGAAUAAACAACCUGAUCACACAAUGGGGUCAAUGAGUGAAUCGCUGCCCAGAAACAUGAAAUCGAUAUUUCAGCCACGGAACAUGACCACCAAUAGUCUUCUGAUACCACAACCUCGGAAAAAAACAGCUACAGCUUACAAAUCACGCUCAAACUUUGCCAGUCGAGGCAGUUAUGUGGAAUAUAUUCAGGAAAAUUUGAAGGCAGGCAUGACUGUGAAAAUGCUGGAGGAUUACGAGCAAGUCAGUUGUGGAGACGAAGGGGAGUUUAGAUACAGCAAUGAUGGGACUCCCCCUGUGCAGGUUUUCUGGCACCAGUUGAACAGAACGUACUGGGUACACUGGCACAUGAUUGAGAUCAUUGGGGAUGGAUCAAGUGGGCAUGUGGAGAAGGAAUCGCAGGAGAAAGCUUCAACUCUUGCUGAAAAUCUUAAACUUUCAACAGUUGCUCAGACAUUUUUCCAUAAGCCACCUGGUGGGUUAUACUCUCUGCCCUAUCUGUCAGAGAGCAUUCCUGAGGAUUCCUCUAUUCUCAGACGCUCAGAAUGGUGGGAGGUGCUUUUCUUCAUCAAGAAAUUGGAACCAAAACAGCAGCAGGAGGCUGUUGAGAUCAUCAGACAGCAUCUGGAAGAUGAGAUUUCAGUAAUGGAUGAGAGUGUGUUGAUUCAAUUGACUGUACCAGUGGAACUAGCACAGAAGCUGCUUCAUUUCUUGAAUCCAUUUUGCCCGACGGCAUAUCGGAAUGACCUGGAGAGCUCCCAUGUUUAUACCAAACAUUACUUGAAGAGGAAAAUGCUGGAUCAGGACCAGCUCUCUAGUGCACUAACAAGCAUCGAAUAUGGCUCCCAACCUGCCAUGGGCUCGUCCUCUGGAUUAUCCGCCUCUCAGUCAAAGAAGGCAAAGAAAGAAGUACCUCCAGUCCUGGUAAACACUGCACCCACUUCAAGCAGAACCAAUGCUGGGCAGCAGGCAGAGAUGGGCAGAAUGGAAGAACUGGAAUUACCAGAUGAUCUUGAUGAGAAGCUUAAAGUGUUCAACUGCCCCAAGGUGACUGGACGCAAGACAAAUUUGGAGAAAAUGGGGGAGGUUGUGGACAUCAUGAAGAAAUCAAGUUGUGAUAUAAGUUUGCAAGUAGCAGGUUUUAAGUUCAUUACUAAAAUGUUGGAGGAGGAUGGUUCACGGGAGAAGCUACCUCUUAAAGUGGAUUCCAGCCUAAACCAAAGGGAUAAGCUGAUCAAAGUACUGGUAGAAGAACUAACCAAUCUGUCCAAGGAGAAGCCUCUGGUUGUCACAUGCUUGCGGCUACUGUACAUUCUGAUGCAACGAUAUGACUGGAGAGCACUGUUUGCGACAGAGGGGGGAAUCAAGAGUAUACUGUCCUGCAUGCAAGAACACAAGAAUUCUGCACUCAUCCAGCAGGCUGCUCUGGCAACUCUGAAGAUCCUGACUGGAGCCAGCAAAUAUGACAUGCGCACAAAGAGUGUUCGGCCUCACCUUGCUGACUCUGAUGCUCAGAUCAUCCUUGAGAUCUUUGCUAGCAUUGGCUCAGCUUCUACCCAGGAUUCCCAAGGCCUGCUCAGUGUUAUUCCUGCAGCUGUAGCGAAAAUGAUGAACACCUCUGGAUGUUCCUCUGCAGUGCAGGAUGGCUUGCUUAUUGUUAUCAUGCUGGUUUCUAAUCACAAAAGCCUUGCGGAGUUGUUGGUGUCUUGUGAUAUUUGCCCAAUUCUUUAUAGCUGCAUUGGAAAUGGGAGCAGCUCCACUGGCAGCCAUCAGCAGAUGCUGGCUAUCAUGGCCCUCAGUAAUAUCUCUUUGAACCAUAAGCUUUCGACUGGAAUUGAGAAUAAAGAAUCAAAAGAAGCCUUAAACUUGAAGGAUGCCGAGCUGAAGAUGCUGCUCGUGAGCUUAAAAGAGCAGAGUGGCACCAAAGAGAUCAUUCUCUCAUUGGAGCGCUGGAUUUGCGAUGAGACAACUGGCCUGGAAUCUCAGAUUGCCGACAUCAUGAAGGAUAAAGAAGCCUUCCAGUCACUAGUACAAGGGUUGGAUCAUUUCCGUUCUGAAAAGGCUGUGCAGCAGGCUAUCACUAGAAUUCUGAGCAAGUUUUUGGAUAAUUAUCUGGAAGACCUGUUGCCCUGGCAUGAAAGUAUUGAACCGUGUUUGUUGUCCAUGACUGCCUACAGUAAUGACCGAGAGGUGUUGCAGGAUUUUAUAAGGUUUCUACACAGGCUAGCAACAGUGAACAAAGAUUACGCAGUAGUUAUGUGUCGGCUUGGGUCAAAGGAAACACUGUCAAAGGCAUUGGACAAGCACAGUUCAGCUUUACUGCUGGCUGCAGAACUCCGAGAUUUGGUCAGUGACUGUGAAAAAUACGCCAGCCUAUACAAGAAAAUGACCACUAGUAUCCUCGCUGGAUGUAUACAGAUGGUUUUGGGACAAAUUGAGGAACAUAGACGCAGUCAUCAACCAAUCAAUAUUCCUUUCUUUGAUGUAUUCCUGAGGAACCUCUGUCAAGGUCUGUCCGAGCGGCUCAAUGAUAACAGACUGAAUCACGGUUCUAACGUGGAGCUUAAAGAGGACAAAUGUUGGGAGAAAGUAGAGGUGUCCUCCAAUCAUCACAGAGCGAGCAAGCUAACUGACAAGAACACCAAAACGUACUGGGAAUCAAAUGGUAGCACAGGGUCCCACUACAUCAACAUAUACAUGCACAAAGGGGUGGUUAUCAGACAGCUGACCUUAGUGGUUGCAAGUGAAGACUCCAGUUACAUGCCAGCUCGUGUGGUGGUAAUGGGUGGGGAUGACCCCAGUAACAUCAAUACAGAACUAAAUACAGUGAAUGUGGUUCCCACUGCUAGCCGUGUUUUACUUCUGGAGAAUAUGACUCGGUACUGGGCAAUCAUCCAGAUUCGGAUCAAGCGAUGCCAGCAGGGUGGAAUUGAUACUCGAGUUCAUGGAUUUGAAGUUCUGGGACCAAAGCCAACCUUCUGGCCAGUGUUCAAGGAACAGCUUUGCUGUCGGACUUAUCUCUUUUACACAACGAAGGCACACACCUGGUGUCAGGAGAUUCAGGAGGACAGGAUGCAGUUGCUGCAGCUUUUCAACAAGCUAAACAGCGCUUUGCGACACGAGCAGAUGUUUGCUGAUCGUUUCCUUCCAGAUGCAGAAGCAGCUGAAGCAUUAGGGCGGACCUGUUGGGAGGCCUUGAUCAAUCCGAUUGUAUUCAGUAUCACGGCUUUGGACAACAUUAAUCCCAGCCCAUUAUCCUGGCUACUGACUGAAUACCUGGAGAACUCCGAGAUCUUGAAACAGGGAAGGGGCCAUGCAGCCAUAUUCAAUUCCAGAGUUCGGCGUCUCUGUCACCUUUUGGUUCAUGUUGAUACCAGCCGGAUAGAAAUCGAGGAGCUGAAACCAGCCACUAAACCUGAUGGCAAAAACAAAUCAAAAGACAGCAGUAGCACUUCUGCAUCUGCGAAAGGAGCGACAGUGAGCAAGCCCAGCAGCAUCUCUGGGAUAGCACAGUGCUGGCAUGGAGUGGUGCAGCAACAGGUUAAACGAUUUCUGGAUGGAGCGUGGAACUCUCCUGAUUUUGUUGAGCGCUACAGGGAUAUGUACCUGAAAUUGAAGAAUGCCAUGGAGGAACUGUUUGGGCAGCAGACAGCCUUUGUAUUGGCAUUGCGCAAGGGCUUCUCAGCAGCACUUCUCCAGCUAUCCCACCUCACUGCCAUGCACGUUAGUGAGCGGUUUGCACAGUACAUUGAUCAACGUAUUCAAGAAAGUGAGAUGAACACAAGUAAUGUGGAAACAUUAAACCAGCUGCAGCAGUUCUUGGAGCCAAUGCUGUUCCUUUCAGGACUCGAACUCGCUAACAUCUUUGAACAUUUCUACAGGUACUAUCUGGCUGAUCGGCUACUGGCCCAGGGCAAAGUGUGGCUGGAGCGAGCUGUGAUCGAUCACAUUGGGACCUGUUUCCCCAGCAGGUACCCUCAGCAGAUGUUGAAGAAUCUCACCGAGUCAGAUGAGCUCCAGCAGGAGUUUCACCUCUACAGGCUGCAGCAACUUGAUAGGAAACUUGAGAACCUGGCUGAUGAAAUGAUGGAAGAUCAGCCAUUCAUUGCAGAGGAAGAAACAGAUCUGAAAGUCCUGGUGCUUUCUCCACGCUGUUGGACCAUAUCUCCCCUGUGCAAUCAAGAUGAUCCUAAGACAUUCUUUCCACUGGCACUCAGUAGCUUCCUUGAGGAGUUUUCUGACUUCUGUACUCAUAGUCAGAAUGUAUAUGGGUUCAGUAGCACAAAGCCUCGGCGGUUACAGUGGACAUGGCUGGGACAUGCGGUCAUCUCCUAUGGAUCGCUGACCUUGCACGUGUCCACCCUGCAAAUGUACAUCCUGCUGCAGUUUAAUGAACAGGAGGAAGUUUCUAUGGAAACCAUUGUAAAAUCGACUGGCUUGUCCCCAGUUCUGAUCAGUCAUGCAUUAGAACCUCUGAUAGGAGAAGAUCAGAUCCUCAUACAACCGGUCACUAAUCAGGAUCAACUCAAAGGGAUCCUGAGGUUAAAUGAGAAGAUGUUGGCCAGAGGAUCAACAAAUAAAGAUUACUUCUCACUGCUGCCAAAACAGACCUAUUUAAAUGUGGAUGAAGAUGCUGCUAGCACAUUGGAACGCAAAAGAAACGUUAUCUAUUGCGUGAUUAUUCAGAUUAUGAAAUCAGAGAAAGAGCUUCAUAUUGAUAAUCUUGUCUUCAAGGUGAUUGACAAGUGUCAGAACCAGGAGCUGAGUUCAGCGAAUAAAUUCCUUCGCUCUAAUUGCAGCAAUAUGGAUGUUCUGUCCUGUAUCAUGCACCUUAUCAACAAGGGGUACAUCAAACGCAACGAGGACAACCCUCACAUUCUGGAGUACGUGCUUGAGGAUCCAACAACCCCACGGAAAGGACAAGCUCAAAUAGUGCUUCGAAAACUUGAUUCAAAAGCCAUGGGAUCAAACAGCAAUGGCAAAGAGAAUCUAUCAGUAUUUAGCUUUGACGGAUCACAGAGUUCAGAAGAAGGAGUGCUAGAGACGGUGCUCAUGUCAAUGGGGCGGACCAUGAGCCAAGAGGAAGUACAGCAAUUGAUGAGCCAGACUGUCCUGCAGGUAGCGGACACGCUUAGCGUCUCCACUGAUGUGGCUCAGCACUUGCUUAUGCACAGCAAGUGGAACGUUGACUUGCUGGUCCAGCGAUACGCCGAAGAUCAUGAGGCCCUUUUGUUGAUGGCGGGUCUUAAGGUCCGGAACCCACAAACUCCCAGCAGCCCCGUCACGCAGUGCCCUGUUUGUCUAAACCUGCUUGCUAAUGAUAGUGAAGCUGCUCCCACCCUUUGCUGCAUGCACUACUGCUGUAAGUCCUGCUGGAGAGAGUAUUUAAUAACCAGGAUUGAACAGAACUUGGUGCAGAAUUGUACGUGUCCGAUCUCUGACUGUCCCGCACAGCCAACCAAUGAGUUUAUCUCUUCUAUCAUAUGUGAUAGUGAGAUUGCAGCCAAGUAUUCCAAAACACUACUGCGAGGCUAUGUGGAAUGUUGUUCAAACCUGGCAUGGUGCACCAAUCCUCAGGGUUGUGAUCAGAUCCUGUGUAAGGAGGGGAUUGGCAGUGUUGGUACCUGUUCUAAGUGCUGCUGGUCCUCUUGCUUCUCCUGUAAUUUUCCAGAGGCUCACUACCCUGCCAGCUGCAGCCACAUGUCACAAUGGAUGGAUGAUGGCGGCUACUACGAGGGAAUGACCAUGGAGGCACAAAGCAAGCACCUGGCAAAACUCAUAUCCAAACGAUGUCCAAGCUGCCAUGCACAGAUUGAGAAGAAUGAAGGCUGCCUCCACAUGACGUGUGCCAAGUGUAAUCAUGGAUUUUGCUGGCGAUGCCUAAAGCCAUGGAAACCAACUCACAAAGAUUACUAUAACUGCUCAGCUAUGGUCAGUAAAGCAGCAAGGCAAGAGAAGCGGUUUCAUGAUUAUAACGAGAGGUGCACUUUUCACCACCAGGCACGGGACUUUGCCAUGAACUUGGAAGCGAAAGUCUCUGCGGUUAAUGAAGCUUUACAAAUGAAGUCAUUGACAUUUGUUAUUGAUGCAUGUAAGAUGCUUGCUCAGGCAAGGAAGGUAUUGGCCUAUUCUUGUGUGUACAGUUACUAUAAUCAGGACACAGAGAAGAUGGAUAUAAUGGAACAGCAGACAGAGAACUUGGAGCUGCAUACGAAUGCCCUGCAGAUCCUGCUUGAGGAGACCUUGCUGCAGUGCACGGACCUGGCUUCUUGCAUUCGUCUGCUUAAACCAGAACACUUAAACACGGGGCUGGAACUGAUCCGCAGGAUACAAGAGAGAUUGCUCGCUAUCCUCCAGCACUCAACACAGGAUUUCCGAGUGGGGUUUCAGCCAAAGCAAGGAAUUGAUCAGAAUGAAAUGCAGUCAAGAGACCAUUCAAACACAGCACCGUCUGAUUCCAUCAAAGAAGAGAAAUCGGGCAGCCAAACAGAAGAGGAGGAUGGAGACUAUGAAGAUGAUGAUGAUGAUGAAUACGUCCCUGAAUGGCAUGACACGUAUGAUGAGGACGAAGACAUUGAUGAAGAUGAUUUUUCAGAUGAUGAAUCGGAGAAUCUAGAAAGAGAUUUCUUUUAUCUGGAAGAUGACGUUUAUGACUAAAGAGAGAUAAGAUUUUUAUAUACAUAUAUAUAUACACAUAUAUAUAUAUAUUCUGAAUGAGUGGACAAUUUAAAAAAAUAGGGAAUGUAACUGAUUAUAGUCAGAUCAAAAUAUCCCAGUGCGCGCUGAAGACCAAACCCUCUACUUUUUUGUUGGGCCACUUCUGGUUAACUGGCUUCUUUAUUUUAAAAACUAAGUUCCUUUUGGUGUUCAGAUUCAAGUUUUUAAAAAUACAACCAAGGAAAAAUUCUGAGGAUAUCUUUCUUUCCCUUUAAUUUUGUUAAAUGUAUUUAACUUAACAUCUCACUCCCUGGAGAGAGUUAUUGAAAAACUGCUACUGAAUUGGUUGUGGGAUCUGUACGCUGUAUUCAGCAAAGAAACAAGGGCAGCAAAGCCUCCACAUAGCUGAAAGCUUCAAUUGUUCACACAUGUUAUAUCUUUGACAAAUUCAAGUUAUGCAAGUUAAAUAAAAUACUUCUAAUGUGUAAAA